UAGCCGGCGCCUGCGCGCGGUGCUGUCACGCAUUACAUCAUCUCGAGUACCCGCGCCCGAGCGUGGUCCACAGGUCCUGCCAGGGCUCCAGGGCCCGGGGUUCCCCAGCAACAGAAUGGUUGAACAAGUUCCAGAAAACAUCAAUUUUCCUGCUGAAGAGGAGAAGAUCUUGCAGUUCUGGUCCAAAUUUAAUUGUUUCCAGGAAUGCUUAAAGCAAUCAAAACAUAGGCCAAAAUUUACCUUCUAUGACGGGCCUCCCUUUGCAACUGGACUGCCUCACUAUGGACAUAUACUUGCAGGGACAAUUAAAGAUAUAGUUACAAGAUAUGCUCACCAGAAUGGGUUUCAUGUUGACAGAAGAUUUGGAUGGGAUUGUCAUGGCCUACCUGUGGAAUAUGAAAUUGAUAGGACACUGGGAAUCAACGGGCCCGAGGAUGUGGCAAAAAUGGGGAUUGCGGAAUAUAACAAACAGUGCCGAGCCAUUGUGAUGAGAUAUUCUACUGAGUGGAGGUCUACUGUUACCAGACUUGGCCGAUGGAUUGACUUUGAUAACGACUAUAAGACUCUGUAUCCAGAAUUCAUGGAAUCAGUCUGGUGGGUCUUCAAACAACUCUAUGACAAAGGCCUUGUGUAUAGGGGUGUGAAAGUCAUGCCCUUCUCCACUGCGUGCAGCACUCCACUCUCCAACUUUGAGUCACACCAGAAUUACAAGGAUGUUCAGGAUCCUUCAGUAUUUGUAACCUUCCCUUUGGAGGAAGAUGAAAAUACAUCCUUAGUUGCGUGGACAACCACUCCCUGGACUCUACCUAGUAACCUUGCCCUAUGUGUUAAUCCAGAAACACAGUAUGUGAAGAUUAAAGAUGUUGCUAGAGGAAAACUGUUCAUUUUAAUGGAAGCCAGAUUAUCUGCCCUCUAUAAGUUAGAGAGUGACUAUGAAAUUCUUGAAAGGUUUCCUGGUGCAUCUCUCAAAGGCAAGAAAUACAAGCCUUUAUUCGACUACUUCAUUAAGUGUAAAGAGAAUGGUGCUUUCACUGUGCUUGUUGACCACUAUGUGAAGGACGAAGAAGGCACCGGAGUUGUACACCAGGCCCCUUACUUCGGUGCUGAUGACUUUCGAGUCUGUAUGGACUUCAAUAUUAUUCAGAAAGAUUCAACCCCUAUUUGCCCCGUGGAUGCUUCAGGCUGCUUCACAGAAGAAGUGACACAUUUUGUUGGGCAGUAUGUGAAGGAUGCUGAUAAAAAUAUCAUCAGAACAUUGAAGGAACAGGGGAGACUUCUUAUGGCCUCCACCUUCACUCACAGUUACCCUUUCUGCUGGAGGUCAGACACUCCCCUUAUUUACAAGUCAGUGCCCAGCUGGUUUGUGCGAGUGGAGCACAUGGUGGACCAGCUCCUUAAGAACAAUGACCUGUGUUACUGGGUCCCAGAGUUUGUUCGAGAAAAGCGGUUUGGAAAUUGGCUGAAAGACGCACAUGACUGGGCAAUUUCCAGAAAUAGAUACUGGGGUACUCCUAUCCCACUGUGGGUCAGUGAAGACUUUGAGGAGGUAGUUUGCAUUGGGUCAAUGGCAGAACUUGAAGAACUGUCGGGAGCAAAAAUCUCAGAUCUCCACAGAGAGAGCAUUGACCACCUGACCAUCCCAUCACGCUGUGGGAAAGGACCACUGCGGCGCAUCUCUGAAGUGUUUGACUGCUGGUUCGAGAGUGGCAGCAUGUUUUACACCCUUCUGGUGCUGGCUACAGCUCUCUUCGGACAACCACCUUUCAAGAAUGUGAUUGUGAAUGGACUCAUCUUGGCAAGUGAUGGCCAAAAAAUGAGCAAGCGGAAAAAGAACUAUCCAGAUCCAGUUUCCAUCAUCAAUAAAUAUGGUGCUGAUGCCCUCAGAUUGUAUCUGAUCAAUUCCCCUGUGGUGAGAGCAGAAAACCUUCGCUUUAAAGAGGAGGGUGUGCGGGAUGUCCUCAAGGAUGUGCUGCUCCCAUGGUACAAUGCAUACCGCUUCUUCAUCCAGAAUGUCUUUAGGCUCCGCAAGGAGGAAGAAAUGGAAUUUUUCUACAAUGAGCACACAGUUAGAGAAAGCCCCAACAUCACUGAUCGGUGGAUCCUGUCUUUCAUGCAGUCCCUUGUUGGGUUCUUUGAGACUGAAAUGGCAGCUUAUAGGCUGUAUACUGUGGUGCCUCGCCUGGUCAAGUUUGUAGAUAUUCUGACCAAUUGGUACGUCCGAAUGAACCGCAGAAGAUUGAAGGGUGAGAAUGGGAUGGAAGAUUGUGUUAUGGCUCUGGAGACUUUGUUCAGUGUCCUGCUUUCUCUGUGCAGACUGAUGGCCCCUUAUACACCAUUUCUCACUGAACUGAUGUACCAGAAUCUAAAGAUGCUGAUUGACCCUGUUUCUGUCCAGGACAAGGACACACUCAGCAUCCACUACCUCAUGCUGCCACGUGUUCGAGAGGAGCAGAUUGACAGGAAAACGGAGAGUGCAGUAUCUAGAAUGCAGUCAGUGAUCGAACUUGGGCGAGUGAUCAGAGACCGGAAAACUAUUCCAAUAAAGUAUCCUUUGAAAGAAAUAGUGGUUAUCCAUCAAGAUCCAGAAGCUCUUAAAGAUAUCAAAUCUUUGGAGAAGUAUAUCAUUGAGGAAUUAAAUGUCCGAAAAGUCACACUGUCUACUGAUGGGGCACUCUUCGUGUACUCAGCCCAAGGGCUCCUUGACAGAGCACCAGGGUCAUUAAAGAGGAGCACAGUGUGCUGCUGGCAGGGCAGCUCAAAGAUUGUCUGUUCUCCCAUAGGGAGCAUUGUCGUGGAAGGCCACGAAUUGCAUGAAGAAGACAUUCGCCUCAUGUACACCUUUGACCAGGCCACUGGAGGGACUGCGCAGUUUGAAGCACAUUCUGAUGCUCAGGCUUUGGUUCUCUUAGACAUCACACCCGACCAGUCUAUGGUGGAUGAAGGAAUGGCUCGGGAAGUCAUCAAUCGCAUCCAGAAACUUCGAAAGAAGUGCAAUCUAGUUCCAACUGAUGAAAUAACAGUCUAUUAUAAUGCAAAAUCUGAAGGAAGAUACCUGAAUAAUGUAAUUGAAAGCCACACUGACUUCAUAUUUGCCACUAUAAAGGCUCCCUUGAAACCAUAUCCAGUUCCUACAUCAGAUAACAUCCUUAUUCAAGAACAAACACAGUUAAAGGGGUCUGAACUGGAAAUUACACUCACUAAAGGAUCAUGUGUACCUGGUCCUGCUUGUGCCUAUGUAAACCUUAACAUCUGUGUCAAUGGCACUGAACAAGGUGGAGUAUUGCUUCUGGAGAACCCAAAAGGUGAUAAUAAAUUGGACCUUUUAAAGCUAAAGAGCAUCAUUACUAGCAUUUUCGGUGUUAAAAAUGUAGAGCUGUCAGUCUUCCAUGGUGAAACAGAACUACAAAACCAAACUGACUUGCUGAGUCUCAGUGGAAAAACCCUUCGUGUGACUGCAGGAACAGCCCCAUCUCUGAACAAUAGUCCCAGCACCCUGCUGUGUCAGUAUAUCAACCUGCAGCUCCUAAACGCAGAGCCACAAGAGUGUUUAGUGGGAACUGUGGGUACUCUCCUGCUUGAAAAUCCACUUGGACAGAAUGGACUCACCCACCAAGGUCUUAUGUAUGAGGCAGCCAAGGUGUUUGGAUUGCGCAGCAGGAAGCUAAAGCUGUUUCUGAAUGAGACGCAAACACAUGGUGAGAAAAUUAAGGACUAUCCAGUUUUUCCUUCUUCAAAAGUAGAUUUUGAUACUUUUAAUCAUUUUUAGAUUUUAUGUGUU